AUGCAGACAAAAAUUGCAACUUUGGAGAAGAAUGAAACUUGGGAUUUAGUUAUGUUACCCAAGGAUAAGAAGGCAAUUUGGUGCAAAUGGGUGUUCAAGGUAAAGCUCAAAGUUGAUGGUACAGUUGAAAGAUUAAAGGCAAGACUUGUGGCUAAAGGCUAUACUCAAGUUUAUGGGGUGGAUUAUGAUGAAACUUUCUCACCAGUGGUUAAAAUGGCCACUAUUAGAUGUUUACUAGCUUUAGCAGCAGGACAUGGUUGGGAAUUGUUUCAGUUAGACAUAAAUAAUAAUUUCUUACAUGGAGAGUUGACAUAA